AUGAGCUUUGGCCGUUCUCCACCCGGUACCUCCGGAUCCAAGUCACGGCCGUCUGUCCAAGCCAAGAAGGGCUGCACACCUUGCAGAAUUCACAGAGUCAAGUGUGACGAGACGAGACCAGCUUGUCGACGGUGCAGCAUCACAGGCAAGGUCUGCGAUGGCUACGACGGUGAGGGGGGCGGCUCAGCGGCCCGUAGACCCUCACUGUCACUCCUCAAAACCUCAUCCGGAUCUCCAUCGCGUUGUGACGCGCAUGCUGGCUUAGCGGAGCUGAGCUUCACAGACAAACUUCACUUCGAAUGGUUCGUGAGCCGGACCACGAACCAACUGCCUGGCGUCUUCAACUCGCCAUUCUGGAAGACCUUGGUGCUUCAGGCUAGCUCAACCGAGCCUGCUAUUCUUUAUGCCGUUCUCGCGCUGGGUGCCGCUCAUGAGACAACAAAUACCGACGCGUGCAUCGUCAAACGCGAGCCAUCGAGUCCCGACACAGCGGAUCCACAGGAACAUCUCAGCUUGCAAUACUAUAAUAAGUCCAUUUACCAUCUUCAGAGGCAUCUGCGCACACCAAGCACUGAAUCAAUACGCGUCGUCUUAAUUGUCUGCACGGUUUACAUAUGCAUGGAGUUCAUGCAGAAGCGAUACAAGACGGGGUUCCUUCACUUCAGACACAGCCUCCAGCUGCUAGGCAGCUUACUGAAAUCUACUGCUCCGACAUCAUCAUCCGACCCAGCAGACGAUUGGUUUACCGACAUCAUACCUCGGCUUGAUAUCCAGGCGACUCUCCUUACAAACGAGUUCUACCAAGGGGCCGGCACGAAGCACACCUCCUCAAUAUGGCCGCCACUGCCACAGCUCUUUCAAUCAGUUCGGGACGCUAGCCAAAGCCUCGACGGCCUCUUGUUCAGAGCCUACCAACUGCAGAAGGACGGUGCCGCAGCUGGACCAGCUGAGGAUGCAGCCGAUAUUUUUGAGCUGCUUGCUACUCAGCAAACGCUUCGGAAUGAGCUAGAAUCCUGGAUUCAAGCUUUUGAAGUCUUUAAAGCCAGAACAUGGAACUUCGUAACAGACCGAAAGAGGGUCGCCUACGGGCCGCUUCCGAUUUACCAUACCAUGGCAUACAUCAUCACCAACACUUCCCUCAACCCUGGGAACGAGCUCAUCUUCGACCUUUACACGAGUCACUUUGCGUCAGUUGUAGCUUCGGCAAGGCAGAUCCUUGAGUCGACAUCAUCAGCAGCCAUGCCGACGCCUGCUGCUGAAUCAUCCCCAGAAGAUUGCAUGCAUCAAACUGAGCACGCCUCAGACACCGGUUUAGUUCCACCAUUGUUCUUCACAGCCGUCAAGUGCCGCGUGCCCAGGAUACGACGACAGGCGUUGGAGCUUCUUCUAGCUUCUCAACAGCAAGAAGGAAUCUGGGAUGCGAUAUUAUCAGCGCGCAUAGCAAAAGAAGUGAUGGUUCUCGAGGAACGGGGCCUCUAUGAAGGAGACGUCGACGAGAAAAGGGCGUCCCCGGAUUUUGUGAUUCCAAUUCUGCCGGGGCCGCCCAGGAUACACAAGCUUUGGAUCGAGGUGCCAGAAGAGCCACGCGGAGACAUUCUGCUCAGCAUACACAGGAUCUUUCCGGACGGCAAGCGGGAGACCUUGGGAAGAAGGUUUCACGCGGAACAUGACUACUGGACUUCUGUACCUGUAACAUUACGUGUUGCUACGGUCACCGAGCAGGCCAAGUAG